AUGUAUUUCCUGGACGGUUCGGGUUAUUUCCAUUCGCUGGCAGAAAAACGGCGCCACGAUCCUACCGGCUACGUUAUCUGGGGACAUUUGCAUUACUUAGAAUUCAUUAGUCAAAUUGAAUCAAAACAAAAUCUCACUAAUGUGUCCACAUUCCCACCCCGUCUCCCGAGUGCUAGUGUCCCGCGUGUCGCCGCCACCGCUUCAUUCGCUCGCCAGCCAGUGAGUCGGCUGCGUGUGUCCACUGUCAACAAACAGUUCAUUAAGAUGAGGGAGAUCGUGCACCUCCAGGCCGGCCAGUGCGGGAACCAGAUCGGCGCUAAAUUCUGGGAGAUUAUAUCGGAGGAGCACGGAAUAGACCCCACGGGAGUGUACCGAGGAACCAGCGACCUGCAGCUGGAACGGAUCUCUGUCUACUACAAUGAGGCCUCUGUUGCGACGGCGGAGAACGGGGGCAAAUACGUCCCCCGCGCCAUCCUCCUCGACCUGGAGCCGGGGACCAUGGACGCCGUCCGCUCCGGGGGCUACGGCCAGCUGUUCCGUCCGGACAACUUCGUGUUCGGACAGUCCGGCGCAGGGAACAACUGGGCCAAGGGUCACUACACAGAGGGAGCCGAACUCGUCGACGCCGUACUCGACGUAGUGCGCAAGGAGUGCGAAAACUGCGACUGUCUCCAGGGCUUCCAACUGACACACUCACUGGGAGGCGGUACCGGGUCCGGCAUGGGCACGUUACUCAUCUCCAAGAUCAGAGAAGAAUACCCCGACAGAAUCAUGAACACAUACUCAGUAGUACCUUCCCCUAAAGUAUCGGACACCGUCGUAGAACCUUACAACGCGGUGCUCUCCAUCCAUCAGCUAGUCGAAAACACAGACGAAACAUAUUGCAUAGAUAACGAGGCCCUAUACGACAUCUGCUACAGAACACUCAAAGUGCCCAACCCGACCUACGGCGACCUCAACCACCUGGUGUCGCUCACCAUGUCCGGAGUCACUACCUGCCUCAGGUUCCCCGGACAGUUGAACGCUGAUCUCCGCAAGUUGGCCGUCAACAUGGUCCCCUUCCCUCGUCUCCACUUCUUCAUGCCGGGCUUCGCCCCCCUCACAUCUCGCGGCAGCCAGCAGUACCGAGCCCUGACCGUCCCCGAGCUGACCCAACAGAUGUUCGACGCCAAGAACAUGAUGGCCGCCUGUGACCCUCGCCACGGCCGCUACCUCACCGUGGCCGCCAUCUUCCGUGGCCGCAUGUCCAUGAAGGAGGUCGACGAACAGAUGCUCUCAAUUCAAAACAAAAACAGCAGCUUCUUCGUGGAAUGGAUCCCGAACAACGUGAAGACCGCCGUCUGUGACAUUCCUCCCAAGGGUCUCAAGAUGUCUUCCACGUUCAUCGGAAACACGACAGCGAUCCAGGAGCUGUUCAAGCGUAUCUCGGAGCAGUUCACGGCUAUGUUCAGACGCAAGGCUUUCCUCCACUGGUACACGGGCGAGGGCAUGGACGAGAUGGAGUUCAACGAAGCCGAGAGUAACGUCAACGACCUGGUGUCCGAGUACCAGCAGUACCAGGAGGCCACCGCGGAGGACGACACGGAGUUCGACCAGGAGGAGAUGGAGGAGCUGGCUCAGGACGACCACCACGACUGA